AUGGAGGACAUGUCUACUUUAGAGACUCAUGAUUCUCAUACUGCAUUAUUGGCAUUCCGCGAGGGAGUGACACUAGGAACAAAGAUGCAUAAGUCUUUGGUCAAGACACCAUACCUCGACAUAAGGGAGGUGCUGAUGGAAUCAUUCGACUUGAAGAGAAAGAAACUUGUGCAAUGCAAGGGCAAAUGGUUCGAGGAGCUACCAAACGUGUUGUGGUGUACCGAACCACAAGCCUAUGAAAUUGAAGUUGUUAUCCCAAUUGAGAUUGAACUGCCCAUAAUCCGAACGGUGGUGGUGGAUGGUAAAGAUAAUGAUCAACAAAUUGCUUGCAACCUAUAUUUGAUUAAGGAACAUCAAGAGGUCGCAACACUAUGA